CUAGUAAAGGAGAAUCGAUUGGCGGAAAAGCUUGGCAGAAAACAUCAUCGGUCGACACAUGAUUGUGAGUAAUACACGCUAAGCUUCUCCUCUCACCAUCCCGUUGAAAAUGCGACAGAUAUUCAAUUAAUACUCAAAGGUAUUGAUGGUCAGUAUGGCUCCUAGGAACGUCAUCAUGCAGACGGACAAAGAACCGUCUGCUACAGAUGGUAUGGUUGUUGAGUCGGACAGUCUACCGUCUGCUGAGGUUGCAGAACCUAGCAAACGACGGCCAGUUCAAAUCGUAUGGAGAAACGUCAUAGUUAUGACCCUUUUACACUUGGGAGCAGUAUACGCACUGAUCCUUGUUCCACAAUCUCACCCGCUUACCUGGCUUUGGACCUUUCUCUACUACCUAUUCGCCGCUUUGGGAAUCACAGCCGGAACACACCGCCUGUGGGCUCACAAGUCAUACAAAGCCCGGGCACCACUCCGAGCUUUGUUGGCUCUCAUGAAUGCAGCCGCGUGUCAGAACGACAUCUUGGAUUGGUCACGUGACCAUCGAGUUCAUCACAAAUACUCAGAAACAGAUGCUGAUCCACACAACGCCAAGAGGGGGUUCUUCUUCGCGCAUGUUGGUUGGCUGCUGGUCAGAAAACACCCGGAUGUAAUGGAAAAGGGGAAGGGUCUGGACUUUUCUGAUCUGUAUGCUGAUCAAAUCGUCAUGUUUCAAAGAAGGUUCUACUUCCCUCUGAUGUGUUUGAUGUGUUUUGUCGUACCCACUGUUAUUCCUUGGUACUUCUGGGGAGAAUCCCUCUGGAACGCAUAUUUUCUUGCCGCCAUCUUACGAUAUUGCGUUGGACUAAACGCCACAUGGUCUGUGAAUAGUUUUGCCCAUUUAUGGGGUACAAGACCUUAUGACAAACGAAUCAAUCCCGCCGAGAAUUUGAGUGUGGCCCUCAGUGCAGUGGGUGAGGGGUUCCAUAACUACCACCACACUUUCCCUAGUGACUACGCCACCAGCGAGUAUGGUUGGUACUUAAAUAUAACCACGGUGUUUAUCAACUGUAUGUAUUAUCUAGGACAGGCGUACGACAUGAAGACAACACCGGCCAGAGUGGUGGAUAUGAGGAAACAACGGACGGGGGACGGAAGUACAUGGAAAGUUCAGUGAACUGACUUGCAGGAUCAGAAUGCAUUCCACUUGUUGUUUUUGUAAUGCAGAUUCCAUAUGACCAGGCGCUUAUAAUCCAUACAAUGGUGACCAACAAUUAAAUUUAAAUAGAAACAGAAUCCAAACAACGUCCUACCCUGGACAUGUUUUGUGUAUAUCUUCGUUAUGUUGAUAGACACACGAGCCCCUUUGUUUUAUAUAUAUAAUUGUGAUAUUGUAUUGAAAAAUUGGAUUACGAUUCUACUAGGUGCUUAACCUUUGCAAACCAUAGAAGAUUAUGACAUAAAUUCUGAAAAAAUAA